GGGAGGUGCUAGACAGCUAGUCUAUUGUUUUGCUUUGGUGAGGCUGAUUAAAGUUCAAUAUGUCCUGAACAGAAGAGUGCAGAGUGCAGAGUACUGCCAAAGUAUCGUUUUGAAUAGGCCUAGAUCGUACAGUUGGCAGGGUGCGUUGGAUUUCCCUAAUGCUGAUCAUCAUCAUGAUCGGUGAAUUUGUGGCGGAUGUUCCGUGCCUGGCCCAAUUGGCCUCAAUAGUCAAAAGUCAAAUAAUUUUGAAGAUCGACCGCCAACAAGCAAGUUCUCCUCGUUCGCCCCGUUCACGUACUUCCCCGAGCUCAGCGCUGUCUUCUUAAAUCUGCAACAAUCUUGAUCAAUCCCUUCGGAUCAUACAUCUGCAAUUCUUUCAAGAUGGCAGUCACAUUAAAGGUCACAAAUCGCUCUCCCAAAAACCCCAUCAAACGUCUUCCUACCUCUAUUGAUAUCGACGAAACGACUACGGUUCAAGAUGUUAAAGACAGAUUGGCUAAGCAAGCUGGCGGCUGGGAUCCCAAUAGAUUUGGUAUCUUCGAUCCAGAACAGAAGAAGAUCUUGAAAGAUAGGAAAGCAUUCAUUUCUCAACACAAAGAAGUAAUUAUUGGAAAGGAGAUCUUGAUCAAGGACCUAGGUCCUCAAUUAGGCUGGCGUACCGUCUAUAUAAUCGAAUACCUCGGUCCUAUCUUAAUCCACCUUGGAUUUCCCCUCCUCCGCCCUUACAUUUACUCUCAUCCUACCACUUCUAUUGCCCCGCUCUCGAAUUCUCAGCUGCUCUCUAUGUCACUCAUAGUUCUUCAUUUCCUCAAACGCGAAUAUGAAACCGUUUUCGUUCACCGUUUCUCCCUGUCUACAAUGCCAGCUAGAAACAUCUUCAAAAACUGCGCUCACUACUGGCUUCUUAGCGGUCUCUACAUCGCCUACUUCAUAUAUGCCCCCUCAUCCUACACUGCCCUCUCAUCGCCGAAAAUUGACUACUUGAACAUUGCUGGAGUCGCUCUAUACCUCUUUGGCGAGCUUUCCAAUCUCAAAACCCAUCUUACUCUCUCCAACCUUCGCUCGCCGGGAGGGACUGAACGUGGAAUUCCCCAGGGUUACGGAUUUUCCAUGGUGACAUGCCCUAAUUACUUUUUCGAGACGCUCGCGUGGAUUGGCAUGAUCUUGGUGACUAAGAGUUUGAGUACGGUCAUUUUCGCUAUCGUAGGGACAGCACAAAUGCAGCAAUGGGCCGUCAAAAAGGAAAAGCAAUACCGUGUAGAUUUCGGCGAUAAGUACAAGAAGAAGAGAAAUGUCCUUUUUCCUACUCCAGGAGCUUUCAUCAAGGAACUUACUGGUUAAUGGUCUUGAGAUUUUGAUGAGGAAAUUUCCCAGGACGACAGGAAUUUGAUGGUAUGAAUGUAUUUGCCAGGGAUGAAAAUCCUGGUGCUCAUACGAAUCGCCAGCAUCGUUUUCAAGUAGGUUUUAGAAUGGGCUAAAGAUUAGCCCCAAAAGUACACUAUAGAGCACAUAAUACUGUUUGCUUGCCAAGCGAAUACCAAUAAUGUUAUGAACCA